UCUUUUGUGCAAAUCUAUUGAUUCCGAAUUCCAUAAACGAGGACUAUUCAUUACCUAUCUAGAUACAGUAUAAGCAAAAUUCUCAAUAUGGAGGCCCGAGAGAUUAUAGCGUCUGCUAACCAGCAGAACACUGAGUUGCAGAACCAAAACUAUCGACUUCUCGGCAAGGUUCAAGAAGCUCAGGCUCAACUUUCUGAAGCGCAUACGCUAAACAACAUGUUCCAACAUACAUUCCAAGCCCAAGCUUUUGAGAUCUACACGGCUACUGAGAUGAUCAACAACCUCCACCAUCAUAUCAACUUUCUAUUAAGUUAUAUAGCUCACAUCGAACACCAAUCAGAGCAGGCAAUGCUUGCAUGCAGGCAGGCGACCGAGUAUUAUGAACGAGAAAUUGCUGCCGGAAGCUGGUCGGGUCACCAGUGGAGCCAAGAAGCGGCAAAACUCAGUUCCAGCGCAAGGAAUCUCCAUCACAGUGCCUUCGCCAACUUCGAGGCUAGUAAUACAAGUGACGAGCAGAAAAAGGAUGUUAUACAGAAGUUUAUGGAAAUUGAGCAUACCAUUUCGUUAAAAGAAAUCCAAAAAAACAGCCUCAAGCAGGCCCUUGAGGAUAACAGAGCUCGUCUAAAGAAGAAUACGGAGCGGAACAAAGGAUUCACCAAAACUAUCGCCGAUCACAAGGCUGAGAUUGUGCAGCUCAUUGCGGAUCGGACCCGACUUGAAGACAAAAUUCAAAAGCAAGAAAUUAUCGUCACGAAGUCUUUAGCCAAGAUGAAGGAACAGGUUGAGAUUACGAAGGAAGCAAAGAAGGAGGUAGCUACUUACAAAGGACAUGCUCUAGCAACAACCCAUUCGCUGCUAUCCAGCCUAUCCCGCACGAAUUUGGAAGUUGCCAAAGAAAUCGUUGUUCAGGUUUUCAAACUGUUAAAAGAUCUGGAUUCAAAGAAGAAGGCAACACAAGCGAUUCACACCAUCAAUGGUUAUCUUGAAAGACAAUCCAAAGCAGUCGAAGAUUACACCACAAACGUAAUUUCAAGCAGUGCUGAGAAUCAGACUCCGAAGGAAGCAAACCCAGAUAAAAUGAAGGAUUUCAUUGAUUAUGUAGGAGGAUUGCAGCAUAGUCUCGAGGCUAAGGCUGCGGAGAAGACGAAUCAGCUUGAUGUCUAGCACAAACAUUCACUAGCUAGUG